UCGUUAUUAAUUUCGAAAAUUUUCCGAAAUGGCCGCACAAGAUGUGUACACAGUUGAGGAAGCGAUUGACCUGAUUUUUUAUUCAGACAGCAAUGAAAGUGAUGACAUUCCAGAUCACACAUGUUUCACUCCAAAUCCUCUUCGUUCCCUGACUGAAACCGAAAAUAAUGCUUGGUUUGGUAGCUAUAGAGAAUAUGUAAACAUUUCUUCAGGCCUCGACACAACAUUUGGUAGAGUAGUUGAUACUGGUAGUGGUGAUGGUUUGAUUCCUGGAGUUGAAGGCAAAGUUUCUUCAUAUUAUACAAAUUACCGUUCUACUGUGCGUCAGCAUUUGUCACUUGAUCCUGGAAAUCAUAGAGUUGGUGCGUUCUUUUGCAAUUCAACAUAUUUGGAUAAUCCAUCAUCGUAUAUUCCUUCAAUUAUACUGGCAAAAGGAGCAUAUAUAAAACCUGAAAAACAAACUCAAACAGUAAGCUUUGGAGAAACAGUAACAAUAAACAUGAAUUUGAUCAGUGGUACUGUGAUGGAUUUACGAUGGAGGCUGAAUGGAAUGAUAAUGGAGAGUUGGUCGGGAAAGGUUAACGUUACAAUUGAGGAUGUUACAAAGGCUGAUGCUGGAAUCUAUGAAUGUUAUUUAAAUGACAGAAGAAAUGAAGUCAAACAUGCUAUAAUGAGGCUCAUUGUACGAGAUUGCUCAGCUGCUCGUUGGGGACCAAACUGUCAGAACUUGUGUCCUACGUGCUACAAUGGGGGAGUGUGUGAUGAUGUCACCGGAUUAUGUAUUUGUCCUCCAGGAUUCAAUACAACUGACUGUAGUUUUGGAUGUGGAAACAACAACUGGGGAAGAAAGUGCUUAAUUGUUUGUAGCAUUAACCAUCCUGGUUGUCGUGGUAAUUUGGCAUGUGUUCCAGAUCCGUUAGGAUGUUCUUGUAUGGCUGGCUAUGGUAGUCUUAACUGCAAACAAACAUGUGACGGAAUGGGGAAAUAUGGGUCAACAUGCAGCGAGGAAUGCCAUUGUGCAAAUGGUGUGACAUGCGAUGUAAGUAUUGGAUGUCCAGAUGGACCAUGUGCAGAUGGAUAUUCCGGGAAAAACUGUCAAGUUCCUGACACAUGUCCUGAUGGAAGGUAUGGGGAACUGUGUAAGUACUACUGUCAUUGUGAAGAUGAUGGGCCAUGUAGUAGAACCACUGGAAGUUGUGGAGAAGGGAAAUGCAGACAAUUGUGGAUAGGGAGUGAUUGUCAACUUGAUGGAAGAACUAAUAUCAAUUUAAUAAUAUCAGAGAGUAACGUAGGAGCUCCAGCUUCUACCACAUGCAUUGUUCAAGCCAACCCAAUACCUAAUGAUGAAGACAUCCAGGUACUGAAAAAUAACAAUACUCUCCAUGAGGUUAGCGUGUUCACUGUAACACAGUUCAACUGCACUAGGACCGUCGUGUACAGAUUUGUGAAUGUUGCCAAAGGUGAUGUCUUCAAAUGUCAAGUUUCUUCAAGUGUUGCUGGUAAUGCACAUGUAGAAAAAAAUGUCACAGUUUAUGAUCCUCCAGCAUUGACUACGGCACCUCGGGUAGACGUAUCCGACACUACUGUAACAGUAACAUGGAAACAAUGGACAGAUAGUGUUGAUGAAGGAGAUGGUCCAGUAAUUGGAUACAAAGUCUGCUAUGUAAGAAUAGGAGGUGGGAUGUGCAUUGACCGUUUCCUGAAUUUGACGGCCAGCUUUGUUAUUGAUAUAUUCCAACGAGGAUUAAGUUAUUAUUUUGUAGUUAAAACAAUUCGUCCUGGAAACCUAGGAGAGGGCACUAACAGCCCAGCGACCUUAGUCACAAUCCCUUGUCUUAGUAAUGUUAGCUACAUUGACUUUCUUAAGGUUCCUAACACUUUCAGUGAUGUAGCUACUCUAAAUGAUACUGAGCAUUGGAGAUGUAAUUCACUGGAUAGUUAUAUAGUGGAAUACAAAAAGUCCGAGAGUGCAAGUUUCCUACAAAUACAAACUGCAACAAAUACAACAUCAGUGACAAUUUCUAACCUAGAACCUUGUACCAGCUACCAAAUUAAAGUUAAAGCUACAAAUUCUGGAGGGCUUGGACCAAGUUCGGAGAUAGUCCCUGUUGCAACAGAUGUACAAGAACCUGGUGAUAUUGUCUUCAGUAAUGGUGGCGUGAUCUCUUCUCCUGAUAACUUAAGUUUAAAUUGGAAUAUACCCAGCAACCCAGAAUGCAUCACUUCAUUUAAUGUAGAUUACACACUGAUCAAAUUGGAUCAAUGCAACACAAGUGUUGCUACAACUGAAAGCCAGCAAUUCUCAGCUACUGCAACUGAAGGAGUUUUAAAUAACCUGUUGAGUAAUUCCCUCUAUAGCUUGUCUCUGUAUGCAGUAUUUGGAGAGGAAACUACUGAUCAUUUUGUAAUUGAAGCAAAUACCUCAUCAUCAGAGCCAACUGGGAAACCAUUAGCUGUUUCGAAUCAGGUUCCUCAACAAACUGAAUUAUCCUUCACAUGGCAACCUCCGGAAUGCGGAAAGCGCAAUGGACCCAUAACAAAGUACAAGUCAAGGCUCGAAAACACUCCUACUGAGACUAAACAAGUGACAACGGAAUUGUCUGUUACAUUCUCCUCAUUGCUACCAUGUACUGAAUAUACUUUUCAAGUGAGAGCUGUAAGUGGACAGUUGCUUGGCCCUUGGAGUGAUGCACUGCGUGUACAAACAGCUUCACAAGAACCUGACAUAGUCAAGAAUGUUAGAAUUACUGGAGGUAGCAGAUCACUGCUGGUUACGUGGGAAGCUCCGGAUAUUCAAGGAUGUGAGAUUGACUUUUACAAGCUGGAAUAUCAACUGGAAAAUCAAGGGAUGUGUGGUGAAAAUUUAGAGAGUGUUGAAGGAACACUGAAUACAACCAGCACAAGCAUUAAGAUUCAUAAUCUAGAAGUGUUUUCACAAUACUUGGUAAAAAUCCAUGCUGUUAUUGGACAGGUGGGAGGCUCUCACAACUCGGAAGGACAGGAAACCACUUCAAGCGGCAACACAGAUGAAGACGAACCUCUAGCAGGACCAGAGGACAUACAGGCAAUAAUAAGUCAAGAAGCAACAAAUGAUAUGCGAGGAAAAAUUGAGAUCAGCUUCGGUUCGGUUCCUUGUCGACAAAAAAGAGGCAAUAUUUUAAAUUACAUGGUACAAGUCAUUGAUGGAGAUGGAAAUUUAAUUGGAAAUACCAUCACAGUUGGUAUGUCACCUGCAACUAUAACAGGUGGAUUCCCUUGUGAAUCUGUAACACCACAGGUGGCAGCAUGCACAUCAGCAGGAUGUGGUGUAUUUGCAAAUGGUUCCAACAUUAUAAUGAAUCAUGCAGCUCCUGGUGAAGUCUCUGUUAAUGUUGAAGAUGAACGAUCAAAACCCACAAAGUUGUUCAUAUCUUGGUCAGCACCUAGGGUGGUUCAUUGCCCGAUACUUCAGUACAGGAUAGAAUAUAAACUUACUCAACUUGAUCAGUGUCAGGACCAAAGUAAUGAAUUUGAAGUCAGUGUUGUGGAUCAUACAAAAAAAGAAUACACCUUAUCGGAACUUAAACCAUUUAGCACUUAUGAGGUAGUUGUAUCAGCUGGAGUAGAUGGAAUCAAUGGCAACACAGUAUUCACUCCUGGUCUUGUUGGUUUUGGCAAUACAACAUUCACAGAUGCUACAGCACCACCACAAAACAUAAUUAACCACCAAACAGAGGAUGGACGAUCACUGAAGUUCAUAUGGGAAGAAAUUCCUUGCGGUGACAGGAGAGGUCCUAUAGUAAAAUACAACUAUAUUCUGGAAAUGAAUUCCAGUACUGUGAAAGAAACUACUGUUGGUAAACCCAGUAAAGUGAUAAAAGACCUGAUUCCUUGUACCACAUACACAUUCAUGGUGAGUGGCAAAGGUCCUGGGGGCCAAGGUCCAUUCAGUGACGGUAUUGAAGCAAGAACAAAUGCAGAAGUUCCAGAGAGUGUAGAAAAUGUUGACGUCCAGGGAUCAAAAUUGGUGUGGGACAGACCUCAACCUUUGACCUGUGACAUUUUAAAUUACCAUAUUAAUUUAAGUUUGAUUGAAAAGGAUCAGUGUCAACAAGUUUAUAGAAAUAAAAAAUUUACUACAGAAGAUGCUGAAAUAAAUUUAUUAGAAUUGGAACCAUAUUCAACACAUCAAGUCACUAUUAGCGCUGAAACAGAUGCAGGACUUGGUCCGGAAACUACUUAUGAAUUUGUAACUCCUGAAAAAGUUCCUAAACGUGGUCCAAAAGAAGUUAACAUUACUACUCUGUCAGCCACAGGAGCCAGCUUUGCAUGGUCUGAAAUAGAAUGUGGCUAUAGAAGAGGUCUCAUCAGAGGCUACAAAUUCAGCUUGCAAAAUGCAGAUGGCAUAGAACUUAUCACUAAUGAGACAAGUGAGCUUCAGUGUGAAUUUAACAAUCUUAAUCCAUUUACUGAGUACAUUUUCAGUGUAAAAGGUUUCAAUUCCAAGGGUGAUGGAAAAAGCAAAGAAAAAAAUAUAACAACGGAUGAGUCAAGGUCUGAAAUAGAAUGUGGCUAUAAAAGAGGUCUCAUCAGAGGCUACAAAUUCAGCUUGCAAAAUGCAGAUGGCCAAGAACUUAUCACUAGUGAGACAAGUGAGCGUCAGUGGGAAGUUGACAACCUUAUUCCAUUUACUGAAUACAUUUUCAGUGUAAAAGGUUUCAAUUCCAAGGGUGAUGGAGAAAGCAAAGAAUUAAGUAUAACAACGAAUGAGUCAAUUCCUUCUGAUGUAAGGAAUAUUGAGAUCCGUAAUACAGAUACCAAGUCAUUUCGAAUUAAAUGGUCAAGACCAAAGCCACCCAAUGGAAUAGUUGUCAUGUACCAGAUCAAUUACACAGUAAUGGAUGGAUUUGAAAAUGACCACAUGUCAGUCCAAUAUGAUGUACCUGAUGGAGAGAGGGACAAAAUUGAUUUCAUUACCACUAUUGUAGACCUUCAGCCAAAUACUAAUUACUCUGUUCAGGCUGCUGCUUUUACUUUAGUUGGAAUUGGACCGUGGAGUGACGAAUUUUAUGUUUUCACAACUACCGGUAAACCAGGCCCUGUUGACAAUUUACUUGUUGAAUAUGCUACAGAAACAGAUUUAUAUAUGACAUGGGAACGACCUCUGAACCCAAAUGGGGUCAUUACCAACUAUCAUGUACAAUACAAAAUCCUAAAGAAAAUUUUUGAGCCUGAUGCAGAAACUACUUUGGAAAGGAAUCAAACACACAGUGUCGGAGUUAAUUUAGUAUGUUUGCUGUCAAACCUCGAGCCAGCCACAACUUAUGAAAUCAUAGUUUAUGCUGAAACAUCUGCAGGGAGGGGUGAACCAAGCAAAGUAAUUAAUACCACUCUCACCCCACCAGUGGAAAAGGGUAGUCACCCCAAGCUAUCAGUCAUCUCAAAAACAGAUACAACAAUUACAGUGAAACUGGAACCUAUUCCAAAUUUCAUCUUUGUCAGGGAAUACGUGAUACUAGUUGACAAACAUGCUGGAGCUAAACGACGAAAUGCUGAUGGCAAUGAUGGGAGGCACCAAGAUAAUCUCAAUAAAUACAUCACUGCGGGUUUCCCGCCUGAAAAUGUACCUAAAGAAUUCAUUGUGGGUGAUGGGGAGACAUAUCUUGGAUACGACAAUAAGCCUCUGGUAAAAGGUGAAACUUAUGGUUUGUCAUUAGCUGUUCAUAAUCGAAAUGGAGAAUUCCAGACAAAUGGAUUAGACCCAGUAAUGGUUACAGCUGGAGUUAAACCUGAAGAAGGAGGUACAUCAGUUGUAUUAAUCAUAGGAUUAUUAUUGAUGUUAUUUUUGGUGGUAGCAGUCAUUGCUAUGACUGUAAUGAUUAAAAGAAGAAGAGGCGGUAUUCGAGCGAAACCUAUGUUUCCGAUGUCACACAUUACCAGCGAAACAAGAUUAUCAAAUGCUCCUUCUGAGGACACAUUGGCUGACACUGUGAAUGGGAAACAACCACCCAUAUCUCAAAAACCAGCAAAUUUGAAAGCAGCUAGAAUACAUCGACCUGUGAAAGUCGAACACCUUGCUGCGUAUGUUAAGAAGAAGAGGAUGAAUCAAAAUGAAGGAUUCCUAAGUGAUUUUGAGUCUCUACCUGAUCAACAAAUGUAUUCCUGGGAUGUUGCCAAGAAGUCAGAAAACAAAACAAAGAAUCGCUAUGGAAACAUAAUCGCAUAUGACCAUUGUCGUGUUGUUCUUGAUCCUGUGCCUGGUGAUCCUCACUCUGACUAUAUCAAUGCAUGUUACAUUGAUGGUUACAAACAAAAAAAUGCUUAUAUUGCAACACAAGGCCCAAACACUGCAUCUGUACAAGAUAUAUGGAGAAUGGUUUGGCAAGAAGGUUGCUCUGUCAUCGUCAUGGUGACUAAUUUAUCUGAGGGAGGAAAGAAAAAAUGUGAAAAGUACUGGCCAGACGACACUCAGACAUAUGCUGGCAUCGAUGUGAAGACAAUCAUGGAAGAGGAUUAUCCACAGUACACAGUUAGGACAUUUAAAAUUACCAAGAAUGAUGAGGUUUCCCGUGAAGUAAAACAGUUUCACUUCACUGUUUGGCCGGAUAUGGGAGUGCCAGAGUUUGCCAACGAUAUCCUCAGCUUCAUUAAUGUUGUUAAAGAAAAUCGCCGUGAAAAUACGGGACCUACAGUUGUUCAUUGCAGUGCUGGUGUUGGAAGAACUGGAACUUUGAUAGCCAUUAGUGAGAUGCUUGAUAUGGCACGAGAUGAAGAAAAGAUAAAUGUCUUUAACUUUGUUCACCAGAUGAGGACUCAUAGGGUGAAGAUGGUUCAAACAGCUGAUCAGUAUUUCUUCAUCUUUGAUGCUUUACUUGAAGCAGUGGUCUGUGGUCCAACGUCAGCCAAAGCUGCAGACAUGGAAUCAUUCUACAAUAGUCUGUUGACAAUCAAUCCAUUGACAAAGAGAUCGUACAUUCUAGAACAAUACAAUGCUCUUGAAGCAAUGAGCGUUGUUGCAACUGAGGAAAAUACUAAAGGCGGGAAAAUGCCAGAAAAUAUCAGUAAAAACAGGUUUCCAGAACAAGUUCCAAUUGAUGGUUCAAGACCGUAUCUAAUGACUCUUUCAUCAGAGACUGGUAACAACUACAUCAAUGCUUCAUUCCUGCAUGGUUAUCGUGGAAAGGAUAUGUACAUAGCAACACAGAUGCCUAUGCCAAGUACAAUUGCUGAUUUUUGGUGUAUGGUUUAUGAUUACAAAUCUAAACUGAUUUUAAUGUUGAAUGAAGUAGCAAGCCUGGACAAGACAUAUGGAAAAUAUUGGCCAGAUUCGGGAUGUGUGCAGCAUGGACCAAUGUCAAUAGAACAUGUGUCCACUGAGAAGUUUAAGACAGCUGUCUGCCGCACGUUCACAUUAAAAAACACCCUACGAAUGAAAGAGGAACCACGUCAAAUCAAACAGUAUCAAUAUCUCGGCUGGCUAAGCAGUAAGACUCCUGCUUCAGUAGAAUCAGUUCUUGAGUUUCUGAAAUUAUUGGACGGAGAAGGAAGUGAGAGCACCAAUGCACCAAUCACAGUCCAUUGCAUGAAUGGAAUCGAGAGAUGUGGUUUGUUCUGCACCAUCCAUAGCGUAUUUCAACGAUUACAACAGGAACAUAUUGUAGAUGUUUUUCACACUAUUAGGAAGCUGAGGCGAAGUAGAGCAAGUAUGGUAGUCCCAGUGGCCCAAUUUGAAUUCUGCUUCACAACAGUUCGUUGUUACUUGGAUGCCUUUGAAAUAUAUUCAAAUUACAAAUAA